ACUGCACAGCACUUCGUCGUUAAGUAAGCAAUCACUGAUUUCGGCUUAACACUCUCACUUGUAAUUUGCAAAAGGCAAAAAUACUCGAGCAUGAUCCUCCAAUCUGCUUCAAUUCGGGGCGGGGAUUGAACUUUAGACUUAUAUUCUGAAAUUCUACCCAAUGGAGAGUAUUCGUCAUGGUACUAUUCGACCUCGAGAUGGGUUUCCUGACAUUUACAGGAGGGAAUUGGGCUUGUCCCAUUCUCGCGAGUUUGCUCGACGAUUUUUAGCUUCCGAGGCCAUAGUGAAGCAAAUGAAUUUGUAUGGGAAGUUGAAUGGUCAUGAUGGGUGCGUAAAUGCUGUGGAGUUUAACUCUACUGGUGAUCUUCUUGUCUCAGGCUCUGAUGACCAGCAAGUUAUGUUUUGGAAUUGGGCAUCCAAAACUAAGUUGUUUGAAUAUCCUUCUGGUCACUCUGACAACAUAUUUCAGACAAGAAUUAUGCCAUUUUCUGACGACCGCAAAAUAGUGACUUCUGCUGGUGAUGGAGAGGUAAGGCUUGGCCAUCUCUCAGAUGAUGGUACGAUAGAAACUACUACGUUGGGGAAGCACCAAGGUUCUGUAUACAAGCUUGCUUUGGAGCCAGGAAGUCCUCAUGUACUGUAUAGCUGUGGUGAAGAUGGUUUUAUCCAACAUUUUGAUCUGCGAACUAGUUCUGCUACAAAACUUUUCCGUUGCUCCUCAUUGACAGGGAAUAAUAAGCAACCUUCGAACAGGAUAAGGCUGAAUUCUAUUGUGAUUGAUUCAAGAAAUCCAAAUUACUUUGCAAUUGGAGGAUCGGAUGAAUAUGCGCGCGUUUACGACAUAAGAAAAUGCCAGUGGGAUGGGACAAGUAAUUCAGAUAGACCUGUCAACACUUUUUGCCCUCAUCACUUAAUUGGCUCAAAUCAUGUCCAUAUCACGGGAUUGGCUUACUCUAGCCUGAGCGAACUCCUUGUUUCUUAUAAUGAUGAACUCAUCUAUUUAUUUCAGAAGAAUAUGGGGUUGGGUGGUUCACCUUCCUCUGCUACAUCUGAGGAGUUAAAUACACUUCAACAGGCACGAGUUUACUCUGGUCAUAGAAAUGCACGGACGGUUAAAGGAGUGAGCUUCUUUGGCCCUAAUGACGAAUAUGUCUUGAGUGGCUCUGAUUGUGGUCAUAUUUUCAUCUGGAAGAAGAAGGAUGCUAAGCUGGUGAGAUUAAUGGUAGGUGAUCAACACGUUGUAAAUCAACUCGAGGCCCACCCACAUAUUCCCCUUCUUGCUACUUGCGGUAUUGAAAAUGAUGUGAAAAUCUGGGCUGCUCAAGCGAGUGAUAUUCCUCCAGUUCCUGAAAAUGUAGAAGAGAUAAUGGAGGCAAAUAAACAUGGGAGAGAAGAUCGAUCACGUGUAACUCUUACUCCCGAUGUUGUAAUGCAUGUUCUGCGCUUGCAGAGGCGGCAGACAUUGGCAUAUGGUGAAAGAAGUUAUAGUAGAGCUGAUAUUGUGGGAGAUGAAGAAAAUGCAGGGGGCUACUUCUUGGGAGUUGUAGACGAUGCCUCUUCUGAUGAGGAAUCUUCAGGAAAUUCUAGAGAUUGUAACAUCAGCUAGGCUUGAGGAGGUGGGUAUGAUUGUUGAUGGCUGCCUAAGUACUCGGGAAAAAAGAAAAUUUUAGAGCUUCCGACUGUUAAGGCAGAAUCAUGUACAUACAAUAUGUGUAUGAACUUAAUUUGAUGACCUCGUCAUUUGUAUAGAGUUUGGUUGAGAAUUGUGCCUCCUCCUUUUGGUGUGUAGCCUUUUUUUCCCCUUUGUUUGAGGCAUGGUCACACGCUUGAAUGUAAGCACUUCUUUCAGCAAAAAUUCAAAUCAUGAUUUAUCACGUUGUGAGUUACUAACCUUUCUGUUCGAAUUAACUCUUGUAGAUGUGUGCAA